GGGGGCUGGUGGCAGGAACACGUCUUCUCCGACCCCAUGGAGCUGUAUGAGACGUCGCCCUACUUCUACCAGGAGCCCCACUUCUAUGACGGGGAAAACUACCUGCCCGUCCACCUCCAGGGCUUCGAGCCGCCGGGCUACGAGCGGACUGAGCUCGCCCUGAGCCCCGAGGCCCAAGGGCCCCUGGAAGACAAGGGGCUGGGGACCCCGGAGCACUGCCCGGGCCAGUGCCUGCCGUGGGCGUGCAAGGUGUGUAAGAGGAAGUCGGUGUCUGUGGACCGGCGGCGCGCGGCCACGCUGAGGGAGAAGCGCCGGCUCAAGAAGGUGAACGAGGCCUUCGAGGCCCUGAAGAGGAGCACCCUGCUGAACCCCAACCAGCGGCUGCCCAAGGUGGAGAUCCUGCGCAGCGCCAUCCAGUACAUCGAGCGCCUGCAGGCGCUGCUCAGCUCCCUCAACCAGGAGGAGCGCGACCUCCGCUACCGGGGCGGGGGCGGGCCCCAGCCAGGGGUGCCCAGUGACUGCAGCGCCCACAGCGCCUCCUGCAGCCCGGAGUGGGGCAGCGCACUGGAGUUCGGCCCCAGCCCAGGGGAUCAUCUGCUCACGGCUGACCCUACAGAUGCCCACAACCUGCACUCACUCACCUCCAUUGUGGACAGCAUCACCGUGCAGGAUGUGUCUGUGGCCUUCCCGGAUGAAACCAUGCCCAACUGAGAUCGUCUGCCAGGCCGGGCGUCCAUGAGAGCCCCCGAAGCUGGCCACAGUGCCACCACUUCUGCAGCAGGGGUCUCCUAAGCCAGGCUGUCCUGAUGCCAGGACACCAGCCCUGGGGCUGCCAAAGGCCAGACCAGCCCCCUCCUCAUCCACGCGAGUUAACCCACCACCCCAAGAGGGAAUGGAUGCUCUUAUUUAGCUGACUCCUUAGAGCAGGGGGCAUCCCGUUUCCAGGGAGACAAAGUGGGGACCAGGGUGCCCCCUUGUGUGUGCCCCCGGGGGCAGACUCAGGAGCUUCCCUCUGCUCAGGAUACAGCCUCCAAUUCCACCCCCUCAAGGGAAACGGUCUGUGAGAGGAAGACAGUGUCCCUCCUGGACCAGCUGUGCACAUCUCCUGUCCUGUCUCCUCCUGACCCAGUGGUGGGCUGGGCCCACCCUGACGGGGGGAGCAGAAGGGGAGGAACGCCUUCUGUUCCCAAGUCCCUGGGGGGCCAAACUUUUGCGGUGAAUAUCCGGAAACUUCCCGUGGUCUUAUGUUUUGUUUUGUUUUGUUUUGUGUGUUGUUUGUGAAGCUGCCAUCUGACCAAGGUCCCUGUGCUUCAGUUGCCAGGGACAGGCGGGGUGGG